AUGGACAACAUCUUGGAGAUUCUACAGACCAUUCGUAUUGGUGCAGUCGUUGCAACUUUCCUUUUCAACACUGGACGUAUUAUAAAAGCAGUGGACAUUUUUAACGAAUGUCUGGUGCUCCUUAACGGUAAAGCCCUAGAGACAAUCAAAGAACUUACCACACCAGUUCUUAUCUAUGUCUACCAUAAACUUCUUGAUGGCUAUACUCGUCUGUACGAUCACACCCGUGCGAUAGAAUGUGGUAAAAAGCUUCUAGUGACACUACACAAUAGUGGCCAAAAAGAAGUAGAAGGGAUGACAUUACUUAAAGUAGCGAAAAUCUACUAUCAAAGAAGCAAAUUCGAGGAAGCGAAACAGUUUUACGAGAAGGCACUCAGCAUCAUGAUUGAGGCUGGAAAUAAUCGCGGAGUUGGAGCAUGUUACGGAAAUCUAGGAACUGUGUUUUUUUCUGUUGGUCAAUAUACCAAGGCUGAAGAAUACCUUCAAAAAGCACUAGUGAUCAGGAAAGAAAUCGGUGACAAAGAAGGAGAAGCAGCAGAUUACGGAAAUCUAGGAACUGUGUUUCGAUCUGUUGGUCAAUAUACCAAGGCUGAAGAAUACCUUCAAAAAGCACUAGUGAUUAGGAAAGAAAUCGGUGACAAAAAAGGAGAAGCAUCUGCUUACGGAAAUCUAGGAACUGUGUUUCAGUUUGUUGGUCAAUAUAUCAAGGCUGAAGAAUACCUUCAAAAAGCACUAGUGAUCAGGAAAGGAAUUGGUGACAAAGAAGGAGAAGCAGCCGAUUACGGAAAUCUAGGUACUGUGUUUGGCUCUGUUGGUCAAUCUACCAAGGCUCAAGAAUACCUUCAAAAAGCACUAGUGAUCAUUAAAGAAAUCGGUGACAAAGAAGGAGAAGGAUCUGCUUACGGAAUUCUAGGAACUGUGUUUAAAUCUGUUGGUCAAUAUACCAAGGCUGAAGAAUACCUUCAAAAAGCACUAGUGAUCAAACAAGAAAUCGGAGACAAAGCUGGUGUUGGAGUUUCAUACUUAAAUCUGGGAAAACUUUGUGCAGAAUUUCAACUUACUGCAAAGAGUCAAGAAUUUGCUAAUAAAGCACUUGAGAUAAGUUACGAAAUAGGGGACAUUGAAAUGCAGUUUGAAAGCCACCUUACCAUUGCUCUGAACGAGUUAGUGGCAGGAGGAAGCAUAACUGAACCUCUGCGAAAUCUGUAUGAAAGCAUUCAGAAGUGCGAAGAAAUGCAUGAUUUUUUAAGAGUACAAGAUCAAUUCAAAAUUUCUUUUUUUGACGAGCAUGUGUCCCCUUACCUUCUUCUUUGUAGGUUGUUAAUUGCUACGGGUAGUUAUUAUGAAGCUCUUUACGUUGCCGAGCUUGGACGAUCCAGAGCACUGACAGACGUACUUUCAGAUAAGUACUGUGUGGAAAAAGGGGUAUCAGUCAACCCACAGUCAUGGAUUGGUAUUGAGAACAUUAUGCACAAAAAUGCACUUAGUUCUUGUCUUUAUGUUUCCUGCUUCGAUGAUAAUAUGUACUUUUGGAUUCUCAAGCCAAACAAAAUUACAGUUUUUCGACAAACGAGACUCGAAGAAAGUGCAGAUAAAGUGUUUGGAAAUCAGACAUUUGGUGGUUCUCUUAAUUUAUGUCAAGACCAAUGCGAAGAUCGAUCAUUGUUUUCAUGUGUAAGUUCCCUGCCAUCAUGCAAACCAUCUCAGAGUGGCAGCUUCGAAUCUUUGCGUCUUAUCGAAGAAGAGGAAGACGAAAAUCACGACUCUAAACCUUUGACCCUUUCUGAUGGUUACAACAUGAUAGUCGCUCCUGUAGCUGACUUACUCCAAGAAUCAGAAAUCAUUAUUAUACCAGAUAACUUGUUGUAUCCAAUUCCUUUUGCUGCUUUAAAGGAUGGUAAUGGAAAGUAUUUAUCGGAUACUUUCAGGAUUCGCAUUGUCCCUUCCUUGACGACUCUUAAGUUGAUUCAGCUCAGUCCAGCAGACUACCAUAGUAAAACCGGUGCACUGAUCGUAGGGGAGCCAGACGUUAGUGAUGUAUACUACCAAGGAAAAAUUCUACAGUUAAACCCACUGCCUUGGGCGAGAAAGGAAGCAGAGAUGAUUGGGCGACUGCUCGGUGUUCAACCGUUGCUUGGAAAGGAUGCAACUAAGCAGGCAGUCCUGGAAAGCAUGCAUUCAGUAAGUCUCAUUCACUUCGCUGCUCAUGGUGAUGACGAACGUGGAGAAAUAGCUCUUUCCCCUAUAAGCUCCUGCGGAACUCCUCACGAAGAAGACUACUUAUUAACGAUGGCUGAAAUUUUACAAGUUCGACUAACAGCCAAGCUGGUUGUCCUUAGCUGCUCUCAUAGUGCAAGUGGUCAGAUUAGAGCUGAGGGAAUUGUUGGAAUCGCUCGAGCAUUUCUAGCAUCGGGUGCACGCGCCGUGCUGGCGGCGCUGUGGGCUGUAGAUGACAAAGCUACCAUGUGGUUUAUGAGUCAUUUCUACGAGCACCUUGUUCGUGGUGAAAGUGCCAGUGAAUCUCUUCAUCAGGCCAUGAAGUCGAUGAGAGAGACUGGCUUUUCUGACAUCAUGCAGUGGGCACCCUUUAUGCUGAUUGGAGAUAAUGUGUCUUUCAAAGGUUUGUAUUUGAUAUCAUUUUUAGGUUUUUUAGUUAUCUUAGUCAAAAUUUGUGAAAUUGAUGUUCGUGACACUACGCAUCAUUUUGAAAAAUAUUAUGAAGGGAGUUAUACUGAGUUUUCUUAGUUUUUUUUGUUUAUUGUCUUUUCGAACCCUGUUCAUGGAAGUGAGGCAACUGGAGAGAAGGCCGAAUUUAAUUAUUUUCCGAUUUUUAUGGAAUAUUUCGUAAAGCAUGCUCGAAUCUCUAACUAACUAAAAUGAAAAUGUAGAAAACGAUAGUUGAGAUUUAUUAAUAUAUUUAGUUAUUAAUAUACCGUAAAAUUCCAAAAUAAGCCCUAGGCCUUAUAUUUUUCAAAGGCCCCUUUUGAGGGGCUUAUUUUUCGGAGGGAAUUAUCUACGGAGGGAAAUUUUCGUUUCAAAAUCGAUUGGGCUAGUCUUUUUGUUGGAAGUAAAUUUACCGUUUUUGCUUUGAUUUACUUUGUAUUUGAGGGCAAUUUUCCAAGUACAAGCCCCCGGGGGGCUUGUACUUGGAAAAUACUUGUAUCAGUGGCCUCUAUGAUACUUGUUCCGCGGAGAAGUCGAAAGAUGUAAUAUGCCCCCAAGAAAGUAUUUCAUUCGAUUCGAUUGGGUUUUACAACACGUAUUGCUUUAGUUCUCUUUGUACCAGGGGAGAUGGCUGAUAUUCUGGGCAUCCAUUGCACAGGCUGCUUGGGCUGCUCGGGCGGCAAGGGAUAGCAUGGUUGGCGUGAUAUCAAUCUCCUGCUCAAGCUAUAAUCUGAUCAGUAUACAAACAGCAAACGAAUCGAAGGAUUUGAAAUGAAGUAAAAUAUUCUCACUGCAUACAUAAUUGGCCGGUGACGCGGGAAUUAAGUAACUCUUUUAAAUUCCGUGGUGUUGGGCCUGCGCGCUCGUGGCAUGAUGCAUUGCGGUCCUUGGUUAGAAUUGCUUAGUUUUUGCCCGCCUCUUGGCUGGUUCAACGGGGUUCAGUGGAAGUGGCUUAGAAGUUUCGCCCCAUCCCACCUCCCCUGGUGGCGGUUGACCUCGCUUACUCUCACUAUUCGGCAUGCAGUCGCGGUUGCCUCCCACAACUUAUUUCUCCGUGUCGGAACAAUAGGUAUGCAGUGCGAAUAUUAUACGAAUCACAUUUAAGCUGAAAGUGAUACAAUAUGACUUAAAUGAAUUUUUAGCAUACAAAUGAUUCCUCAAAAUGUAAAGGUUUUGUUAUUUGUUCGACUUUGAAAAAAUCUGUGCCAGAUAUUUAGGUAAAACAUUUAGCGCAACAAGCAACAGAAGCAUGUUGAUCGAUGGCUAAAAUAAAUCGUGCAAAGAAUACAUACAAAAGGGAACCGUCAUGAUUGUUUUUUUUAAUUUCUAUCGCAGGUGCAUUUGAUAAGAGCAGUUUGAAAGAUGGCGAAGAUGCAACGGAAACAAAGAACUUGUAA